ACAGAUCUGGCCUUGCAUAAUAUAAGAUCGAGAGGCACUAGGGUUUAUCCAUUUUCUCCAUCCUCUCACUCAUUUUCAGCUUCACUUUAUCUUUAUCAAACAGCCAAGAUGAAUGUGGAAAAGCUAAUGAAGAUGGCUGGUGCGGUUCGUACCGGUGGAAAGGGCAGCGUUAGAAGAAAGAAGAAGGCUGUACAUAAAACAACCACUACAGAUGACAAGAGGCUGCAAAGCACUCUAAAGAGAAUAGGAGUAAAUGCGAUCCCAGCAAUUGAAGAAGUCAACAUUUUCAAGGAUGAAACCGUCAUUCAGUUCUUAAACCCCAAAGUUCAAGCCUCUAUUGCUGCUAACACAUGGGUGGUUAGUGGUUCUCCUCAAACAAAGAAAUUGCAAGAUAUUCUCCCUGGCAUUCUGAAUCAGUUGGGACCAGAUAACUUGGAUAACUUGAGAAAGUUAGCGGAGCAGUUCCAGAAGCAAGGAGCAGGUGCCGGUGAAGGUGCUGAUGCUAUUGCAACUGCACAAGAGGAUGAUGAUGAUGUCCCAGAACUCGUGGCUGGCGAGACAUUUGAAGCUGCUGCAGAGGAAGGGCAGAAGUCGUAGGGUAUUUUCAAGUGCACCUUGUGUUGCUUAUUAUAUAUGCAUUAGUUUUUAAUGCCUUUUUUUGUUUAAAAGAAAAUACUAUGUCAGUAUGCAUUUUGAUGUUUGUUGCAUAACUUGUAGGAGUAUGUAUGUUGUGUUUGCUAUUCAGUGUUUGCAUUUUUCUAAGAAAA